GUUAAAAUCUAACUCGUUCGAUUCGAGCUGCUGCUCCUCCCUCUCCGGGCGAGAUCCUCUCGCCGUCGUUCGCUAUCGCGCUUGUCUCGCCGUCUAACCGACCUCCAGAAUCCAAAACCCUAGCGCCGCAGCCGAUCGGACCUCUUGUGGCCGAGAAAUCCGUGGUCGUUCGGCUUCCCUCUGUGUCGCGAUGGAUCUCGCCAGCCUCACCGUUGUACUCCGCGCCGCGCUCAGCCCCAUCCCGGAGGAGCGCAAGGCUGCCGAGCAGAGUCUUAAUCAGUUCCAGCAUACACCACAACAUCUAGUAAGGAUGUUGCAGAUUAUAGUAGAUGGUAGCUGUGAUAUUGGUGUACGGCAAGUUGCCAGCAUUCAUUUUAAAAACUUUGUGGCAAAGUACUGGUCACCUCACGAUCCUGGUGAAUCUCAUGAAGUAUUGGAGAGUGACAAGAACAUGAUUCGUGAGAAUAUUCUUGGUUUUAUUGCCCAGGUUCCGCCACUGCUCAGAGCUCAACUUGGUGAAUGCAUCAAAACAAUUAUCCUAGCUGAUUAUCCAGAAAAGUGGCCAAAUCUUCUGCACUGGGUAAAAUGCAAUUUGAUGUCACAAGAUCAACAAAUACUUGGAGCAUUAUAUAUCCUACGAUUUCUUGCUAGAAAAUAUGAGUUCAAAUCAGAUGAAGAGAGGACACCACUUUAUCUUAUAAUAGAAGAGACAUUUCCCCUCUUACUUAAUGUAUUUAAUAAACUUGUUCAUGUUGUUAACCCUACAAUUGAAGUGGCUGAUCUAAUUAAGCUCAUAUGCAAGAUAUUCUGGUCAUCCAUAUAUCUAGAAAUCCCAAGGCCACUGUUUGAUCCCAAUGUGUUUGGAUCGUGGAUGGUUCUAUUCUUAAAUAUUUUGGAAAGGCCUGUUCCUUUGGACUGCCAACCUAGUGAUCCAGAAGUCAGAAAAUCAUGGGGAUGGUGGAAAGUCAAAAAGUGGACAAUUCACAUCUUAAAUCGCUUAUACACUCGGUUUGGGGAUGUGAAACUUCAGAGGCCAGAAAGCAAAACAUUUGCUCAAAUGUUUCAAAAGAACUAUGCUGGAAGAAUUUUGGGAUGUUAUCUACAGAUGCUUAAUGCUGUUCGGAUAGGAGAAUAUUUACCAGAUAGAGUUACCAAUCUUUUACUUCAAUAUCUUGGCAACAGUAUUCCGAAGAAUAGUAUGUACCAGUUGCUGCAACCCCAGCUAGACAUUGUUCUCUUUGAGAUAGUUUUUCCACUCAUGUGUUUCAAUGACAAUGAUCAGAAUUUGUGGACUGAAGAUCCACAUGAAUAUGUAAGGAAGGGAUAUGAUAUAAUAGAAGACUUGUACAGUCCGCGAACUGCAGCCAUGGAUUUCGUGAGUGAAUUAAUGCGAAAGCGUGGGAAGGCAAACUUUGAGAAGUUCAUUCAAUUCAUUGUGAAUGUUUUCAGGAGAUAUGAUGAAGCACCUGUGGAAUUUAAGCCAUAUCGUCAGAAAGAUGGUGCUCUUUUAGCAAUUGGAGCUUUGUGUCAUAAACUGAAGAAAGCAGAACCUUACAAGUUAGAACUUGAGCGUAUGCUAAUUCAACAUGUUCUUCCAGAAUUCACGAGUCCUGUUGGUCAUCUACGGGCAAAGGCAGCAUGGGUUGCAGGGCAAUAUGCCAAUAUCAACUUCUCAGAUCAGAACAAUUUCCGCAGAGUGUUUCAUUGUGUCAUUGCUGGCUUUAAAGAUCCAGAGCUUCCUGUGCGUGUUGAUUCAGUCUUUGCUUUGCGUGCUUUUGUUGAGGCAUGCGUAGAUCUAAAUGAGAUACGCCCAAUUCUCCCUCAGUUACUUGAUGAAUUCUUUAAACUUAUGAACGAAGUGGAGAAUGAGGACCUUGUUUUAACUCUUGAGACCAUCGUUGACAGAUUUGGUGAAGAGAUGGCACCUUAUGCUAUUGGGUUAUGUCAGAAUCUGGCUUCUGCAUUCUGGAGGUGUCUCGACUCAUCUGAAUCAGAUGAUGAUGCUGAUGACUCAGGUGCAUUAGCAGCUGUUGGAUGCUUACGUGCCAUAAGCACGAUUCUUGAAUCUGUUAACAGGCUUCCCCAUCUCUUUGUCCAAAUUGAGCCUACUUUAUUGCCUAUACUGCAGAAGAUGUUGACUACAGAUGGCCAAGAUGUUUUCGAAGAAGUUCUGGAAAUAGUCUCCUAUCUGACAUUUUACUCACCAACAAUUUCAUUGGAGAUGUGGAGCCUUUGGUCUUUAAUUGUGGAUGCACUUGGAGAUUGGGCUAUAGAUUUCUUUGAUAAUAUUCUUGUUCCGUUGGACAAUUUCAUAUCCAGGAGUACAUCACAUUUUUUGACAUGCAAAGACCCUGACUACCAGCAAAGCUUGUGGAAAACUCUUUCAUCUAUAAUGUCGGACCAAAACAUUGACGAUGCUGAUAUUGAGCCUGCUCCUAAGCUAAUUGAAGUUGUAUUUCAAAAUUGUAAAGGACAAGUAGAUCACUGGGUUGAGCCUUAUUUAAGGAUCACCAUCGAACGAUUGCGUCGAGCAGAGAGGCCUUAUUUAAAGUGCCUUUUGAUGCUAGUGAUUGCAGAUGCUUUUUAUUACAAUCCCAUAUUGACACUUGGGCUACUACAUAAGCUUGGGGUUGCUGCAGAGGUUUUCAAUCUCUGGUUCCAGAUGCUACAGGAAGUGAAGAAGAGUGGUUUGCGUGCCAAUUUUAAAAGGGAACAUGAUAAAAAAGUUUCCUGUUUGGGAUUGACUUCAGUUCUGAGUCUUCCAGCUGAUCAGUUGCCAGGAGAAGCAUUUGAACGAGUCUUCAAAGCAACACUCGAUCUUCUUGUUUCUUACAAAGAUCAGGUUGCUGAAGCUAACAAGCAGGAUGAUGCCGAUGAUGAUGAUGAUGAUGAUGACAUGGAUGGAUUUGAUGACGAUGACGAAGAUGAGGAUGAGUCUGACAAAGAAAUGGGAGAUGAUGCUGAGGGCGGGGAUGAAGCCAAUAGUCAAAAGCUCCAAAAACUAGCAGCAGAGGCAAGAGGGUUCCAGCCAAACAAUGAUGAUGACUCUGAUGAUGAUUACAGUGACGAUGAGGAGUUGCAAUCACCAAUUGAUGAAGUGGACCCUUUUAUUUUCUUCAUGGAUACUAUCCAAGCUGUGCAAUCAGCCAAUCCUGCUAGGUUUCAGAACCUAACCAGGUCAUUGGACUUCCACUAUCAGGCUCUGGCUAGUGGUAUCGCUCAACAUGCUGAACAGAGAAAGGUGGAGAUUGAAAAAGAGAAGCUGGAAAAGACUUCAAAUUAGUGAUAUAUUGGUAUAUCUGCCACAUUGGUAAUUUUCCAGUUGCUAUGGUCGUGAUCAUUCCUUUAGUAGACGAAGACUGAAUCUGGUUAUGUUAUCCUUGAUUCUUUUUGGUGCGAAGUGCUCAAAACACCAUCGGCUGUGCAACUCGGAUAAUUAUCAUGGUACUUGGCUCCUAAUUUUUUAUAUUCUCCAGAAACAAGAUGAUAGAUACAUGGUAGGACAUGUGCUGCUAUCUUCGAUAAGUUUUGUUGAAGUUUUUAUUGUAGAAUUGGCAACUUCAUGAUGCGUGGAGUUGUCCUCUAUUUUCCAUUCUUGGAUUACAGUGAGAAACGAGUCAUCUGUCUUUCAUGGAGCAGCUAUUGUUUGAGGAAUUGUUUCCUAAGCAUAGCAUCAGCCAGGUAUAGAGUGUAUAGUGUAUGAUUAUUAUUGAGGGAAUUCUACUUGUCUUUGGAAAGGGGUCAGUCAUUGUGUUAUACUUUGGACUCAGAUUUAUUUAUUGGUCAUCCUUCACCAAUCAAGGGGUGGUUUUAUGUAA